UUUGCAUUUUUUUCAAAUGCAAAGAGAUAUGAUUGAAUUAAUAAUAGUUGUAAGUCAUGCCUAGAUCAGUAAGAGUAGAACAAAUAGCAAGCAAAUUGCAUGAAACAAGAUGAUCCAUGUCUCGCAUACAAAACCAAUUUGGAUCCUCUCCAAUUUUCUCUCAUGUUUUCUCUCAUGGAUACUUUGAGAACGGAUUGGACCACCUGGAAACAAUUAAUUGGCAAAGAAACAGGUUUGGGCUGGAAUCACGCGACAGGAAAUAUUGAUGCUGAUCCUUCAUGGUGGGAGGCUAAGAUAAGGGAGAAUGUAAAAUAUGCAAAAUUUCGCUAUCAAGGUUUAGAAUUUCGUGAUGAAAUGGAAUUCAUAUUCGGGGAGGCAGUGGCAACAAGUCAAUACCAAUGGACACCGACUUUGGGUGUUCCAUCUGAAUCUAAUAUCAAUAAUACAACGACAAAUGUGCCACAUGAAAUUAUUGAAUCUGAUGAUAGUGGAUAUAAUGAUGAAGACCUUACCCUUGUGGAAAAUACUCAAUUCAAAAAGAAAAGAAAGAUUGUGUCAAAUAUGGGAGAAAAGGCAGCAAAGGGUAGGGCAAAGGUUGGGACAGCAUCAGCAAUGAGAAAAACAUUUGAGCGAUUAGUUGAAGCAGCCGAAGAUCAUAAUGAUGUUGAAAAGACUGGAAUUGCUGCUACAUCUCAUGUCCAUGGCCAAUACUCUAUUCCAGAUUGUGUUAAAUUAUUGAAAAAAGCAAAGGAUGAAGGUUUUUUGAAUAGUCAACAAUUUAGUUAUGCUUUAGAAAUGCUUAAAGAUGAACAAAAUAGAGUCUUGCUAAUAUCCUUAAAAGAAUCUAAGGAUGAUUUGGUAGAGUGGAUUCUAUACAAGUAUGCUGAAAAGAAAUCAUCCAAUAAUUAGCUUAAGCUUGAGAUUUAUGCUUUAGG